AGGUGUGUCAUGUGAUCUUAGUAUGAAUCCUGUUCGUAUAUGCUCAUGGAAUAUCAAUGGCAUACGUUCCAUUCAGCACCCGCUAAAAUGCACUUUAGAUUUACUUUCAGCUGAUAUAAUUUGUCUGCAGGAGACUAAAUCUACGUGUAUGUGUAUGCUAAUUGCUAAUACCUCCAUAAUUAAGCUGAUAUCAGUAGUGAAUUCGCAUUUGCAGAUGAUUACAAUGGUUAUUUCAGUCACAGUUUGCACAAAUCCGGAUACUCAGGCAUGUUAAUGUUUCAUGAAUUGAUAUAACAGGCGUUGCAAUAUUUUGUCGCAAUCCCAUCAAACCAACAAAAACUUAUCAUAGUUUAAAUGAAAUGAUUGUUGAGUUCAGUUCUCUUGGAUCUAGCAAAUGUGAAUUGACAAAUGGAUGGAAAUUUCUGAUGAAUGAACUAAACAUCUCCUACGCGGAAGCUCGUAACUUGGAUGCAGAAGGUCGAGUACUGGCUCUUAAGUUUUCUGCUGAUAUUUUUAAACCAAUUAGGACUAACUACGAAGUUCUGCCAUUGGUUGUACUUUGCGUAUAUUUUCCCAGGUUGAAUUCAGAAGAUGUAAAACGUUUGAAAUUCAAACAUCUUUUCCAGCGUACUGUACAAUUAUGCACAGAAUUCUUUUUGAUAGAAAACAACGUGGUUAUUGCUGGAGAUUUUAAUAUUUGUCACAAAGCGAUUGAUCACUGUGCUCCUGAAGAAAUUGCGGUUCUUGCACUUUUUUAUGCCACAUAUAUUAAUCAGAUGGAUAGUGUUUCAACCUCUUUUCGCCAGUGGUUCGAUCAGCUGUUAAUCGGGAAGCAACGAGAUCAAGGUCUUGGCACCGAUGAAAGUUUGGGUUUAGGAAGAUUCGUGGAUAUUUUCAGGCUGCUGCAUCCCGAUCAAGAGAAUGCUUUCACCUGCUGGUCAUUGCGUACGAAUGCUCGUCAAACUAAUUAUGGAGUUAGACUAGAUUAUAUCCUACUGGACUCCCAACUUGUGGAUUUGAUCACAUCAUCGAAUGAAGCACUGCAAGCAGAUUUAAUGCCAAAUAUAAGCGGAUCAGAUCACUGUCCAGUAUAUGCGGAUUUACCAUAUUUUUACAACACAAAUUUGGAUUUUUUCCAUUUCUUUCCGCUUAAAUGUUCUCAUUACUGGCCCCAGUGCCAAACGAAACAGAUUCAACUAAACAACUUCCUGGUCCCAAAACGUCUUUCCACAGUAUCUGAACAAGCUAGUCUCCCGAACACUUCAGUUGAUAUCUGCUGUUUGGAAAGUUUAGAUGUUAAAAGUAAAAAUUCCAAUCUCAAGCAAGCAAAAAUCACUUUUGGUGGGUUCAUUGCAACAAAAAUGACAUGUAAAGAUGUACAGCUGUCAAGUAUAGGAGAAAGCACUAUCACUCUCGGAAGGAAAGAUACUGAUCUGUCUAGAGCAGCACAGUCGAGUGAAGCUUGGCGAAAUUUACUGUCAGGACCAAAGAAACCCCCUCUAUGUCUUCUUCAUAAGGAACCCUGUGUUAUGAGGACCGUGAAACAGGUGAGGACCACUAAAGGAAAUCGAUAUGGAAGGCGAUUUUGGGUGUGCGCACGACCCCAAGGUGCUUCAGAUAACCCAGCUGCACAGUGCAACACAUUUUUUUGGGAUGAUCAAGUGCCAAAAAACAGUAACAAGUCACUCAGAUGAUACAUUUUUCAUUGUUAGUAAAAAAUUAAGUUAAAAUUAAAAAAAAACUGUUUAACACAAGUAGUAAAAGUAUAGGAAGAAAGCAGAAAUGAAGUGUUUGAAAAGCUUUCAUAGUCUUUUUACCCAGUAUACUCAUGAAAGAAAAUAAUGCGACUAGUUGCUUUUUUUUAACUAAUCAUUACAAGCCUUUGGUAUGUGAUAUAUCACAACUUCGAACUAGUUGAACGAGAUCUACUGAGGGUUAGGUUGUCAGAUUUGCUGGUAUUUGGGGUUGGUUUAGUGAUUUCGCGUUGUGUAGCAGCUGUAAGCUCUCUGAAGCGCCUCAUGAUUAGUAUAAGUGCUCUUUCUUGACGUGCUAUGGGCUCUUGUGAACGCAUGAGUGGAUGCCAUCUGACAUAAUAUCCUGUCCAAAACUGAAGUUGAGCUAAGGCAUGCUGAGGGAAAAUCACACGAUGACCACUGAUUUCAGCUGGAGUAUACAGUGGAUUUUGGUACGAUUUGAUAUCGGAGUUGAUAAAUGCCCAUAAAGAAAUAGUUCUUUCACGUACACCAUGGUCACGUCCUUGCAUUUCUGAAUUAAAUAGAAACGUUCCAAAUCGUGCAGCAUAUAAUUCAUCCAUGAUGGUUAUAAGAAAUCGUUCAUUGAAUUCAAAUGAGUGGGGGAAUUGCUGCAUUGUUUGCCAUACACAGUCAAUGAAUUGUAGGAAUACUGGAGAACGCUCUUCAACACUAGAGGGUCGUUCUGUAGUGGAGUCAUUAGUGACUGUAGUUGAUAUAUUGGGAGGUAAGUAAAUACCGCCGUCUGCAGGUCCAC